CGGAUGAGACCGGGGGUGGCGAGGGAUCAGGGUUAGAGAGAGAUUAACCACAUGGAGGCCUAUAAAGCUCCGGCGUAAUCCGCACACUGGAGACAAACUCACUGCAACAACAACAACACUCACAGACACGCUGUUGGACGACAGACACAGGAAGUUAAAGGCGCAAAAAGGGGAUAAUCAUGAAAAAGGGAAAGCAGGUGACUGACGACAAUGAGCCUCCCACCUAUCAGGAGGCAACAGCAGGCUACGAGGAGAUGGAGGCUCAGUUUGCCUGGGACGAUAAGUACAUCAGGCAAACCUUCAUCAGGAAGGUCUACGCCAUCCUCAUGGUUCAGCUUCUGGUUACCAUGGCGAUCAUUGGUCUCUUUACAUUUUGCGCUCCUAUCAGGUUUUUCAUUCAGACUCAUCCCGGCUUGUACAUGGCCUCUUAUAUGAUGUUCUUUGCCACCUACAUUGCACUGUCCUGCUGUGGAGAGCUGAGGAGGCAGUUUCCAUGGAACAUCAUUCUCUUAGUUCUUUUUACUUUAAGCAUUUCCAUCAUGAUGGGAUUUGUGUCAAGCUUUUACAACACUCAGUCUGUGCUGCUGUGUGUGGGAAUCACAGCUCUGGUGUGUCUUUGUGUCACUGUCUUCAGUUUUCAGAGCAAGAUCGAUGUGACGUCCUGUCAGGGCGUCCUGUUUUCUCUGUGCAUGGUCAUGCUUCUCUGUGCCAUCACCAUGUCCAUUGUCGUCCCCUUUGGUUAUGUUCCCUGGUUACACGCUGUUUACGCCGUGAUAGGAGCCAUCGUCUUCACACUGUUCCUGGCGUUUGACACUCAGAUGCUGUUGGGGAACAAGCGCUACGCCAUAAGUCCAGAGGAAUACAUCUUUGCCACGCUCAGCAUCUACCUGGACAUUAUUUACCUGUUUAGCUUCCUGCUACAGAUCACAGGACAGGGGCGCGACUGAAGAAUCUCAUGCACGUGUCUGUGUGCGUCAUCACAACUGAGAGCAAGAGAGAGCAGCCAUUGUUUCCGGCUGUGUGAUCUCGUCUGGUGCUGCUUUUGUCCCAACCUCACCUACACCACACCUCAACAUAGUCGUCCGUUGUGUCUGAUCCUUCCUGUUAAUCUGCUCCUGUGCUCCCGUAAGUUCUGCUCUGAGCUCAGCCGUCAAACACACACGAGGCCCAGAAGUGGACGAAAGCAGUCACAGAGUUCAUCAGUAUCAGUGAUCACUUUACUUGGCUGCGUCUCUCUGCGUCAGAACUAAGCGUUUAUGAAACUUGCUCUGUAAAUAACCGUGUCUUUAAAGCUAUGUAGAUGUACAGCACACGUAUUUAUGUCUUUGUGAGGUCCAGAAAAACCGCACAAACCCAUCUUUGAUAGGACAUUUUUGACCUUGUGGGGUCAUUGUGUCUAGGAACCCGCAACUUUAAAGGGCUUUUUCAGGGUUAGGACCUGGUUUUAUAGGGUUAGGUAAAGGAAAGACAACACAACAGUCCACAGAACCACAGGCCGGCGCCUGACGUUUAAAGUCUCUCACGCAGUACAACCUAAAAAAGCUUUUUUCUAUAAAUACUAAUGAUAACAUAGGUAAAGUCAAAUGUGCUCUAAUAGAAAAGUCUACUACAGUAACAAACCCCAGGGAAACAGGUAGGGUUAGGAUUACAGGGUGGAGUUAAAUUAGGGUUAGGAUUAAAGAAAGACCUGGCCAGGCAGGAAGGGAAAUAUAAAAUGAAAAAAAAAAAGUUUAGGUUAAGGUCAGGUACUUAGUUGUGAUAUUUAAGGUAAAGGGCUCGAAAAUGUGUCCUCACUAAGAUAUAAAAAGAAGGUUGUGUGUGUGUGUGUAGUUUUCUGAGGACAAAAACAUAUAAACCAUAGGGAGUGAGGACAUUUUGGCUGGUCCUUAUAUCUUUUAAGGGUUUUUGAGAGGUUAAGACCUGGUUUUAGGGUUAGGUAUUUAGGUUAAGGGGCUCGGGAAUGCAUUAUGUCUACGUGGGUCCUCACUACGAAUGCUGCGCGCGUGUGUGUCUGUGUAAGGACCUUUUGUCUGACAUCAGCGCUGACGACCAGUGGUCGUCAUGGCAACACAAACCUGUAUUAAUAAUGAUGAAAAACGUCAUUCCUGAGAACGUGGUCAUGUUCAGGGCUGAUAUGAACUGUGGGAUAACACUUUGUUUAGGCUGAUGGAGUGUGUGUGUGUACGCGUGUGUUAUGUUAUGUUUCCAUUCACUUGCAGUCUGAAGCAAACAAAGGCCAAACAUGAAGGGAAAACGUCUCUGCACACAUCGUACCUUUAGUCAUUUAGUCAUACGUAGAAUGUUUUGUCUGACUUUACCGUGGCCUUUGGGGUGAAAUAGAAAAUACACAUUUUAAAAAGCUGACCAGAUUUGAAGCUUCUUUUUUUUAAGUUAAAUGUUUUUACCUACAUCAGAAGUUUACCUUAACAUAUGACAUAAUGUUUUUAUAAGGACACUGAGCUUUGUACAAAUAACUCAAAUAAAAACUGACGACUCAACAGUG